UUCCGCUAUGUUCUGUGUUUUGUACAUUGUCAUUCAACCGGCUCUGUGUGAUGCCUUUAGAAAAUGAUUAUGACUCUGCAUUGUUGACCGAGACUGAAAGAGUAGCUCUUUACUCAUGAAUAAAGCCUUCCUAUAAAAGAGAGGCUGCAACCAAAGAAAAGAGCAAGAGGAAAGAGAGAAAGAAGAGAGAGAGAGAAAGAAAGAAAAGAGAUGGAGUCACAGGGCGAAGGGUACCCUCCCUUUUCGGUCUCAACUGGUGGUGAUGAGAGUAUGCAAGGUGUUAUGCAGAGAGAGGUGAACCCCUCAACUAGUGCUCCCCCUCUUCCAGAACUUAGGCUAGUCCUGCUGGGAAGGAAAGGAACAGGGAAGAGCUCUGCAGCCAAUACCAUCCUGGGAGGAAUAGGGGGGUUUGAGAGCGGCAGACCAACCGAGGAGUGCUCAAAAAAGCGAGCCGAUCUAACCAGGAGACGAGUCACUGUGGUAGACACCCCUGGCUGGGAAUGGUACUACCCGCUCAACAGCACCCCCGACUGGGUCCGGAGAGAGACGUUGCGCAGCAUGUCCCUGUGCUCCCCCGGACCUCACGUUAUCCUGCUAGUGAUACGGUCCUGUGCCUCGGUAACCGAGUCCUACAGGAAGCAAAUAGAAGAGCACCUGGAGUCUCUGGGGGAAGGGGUGUUGGACCAUACCAUGUUGCUGUUCACCAGGGGGGACGAGCUGGGUGUGGUGCCCAUGGAGCAGAGGAUCCUAACGGGUGGGGCUGCCUUCCAGCAGCUGCUACGGAGGUGUGGGAACAGGUACCAUGUCCUGGACAAUAGGAGCCGGGGAGAUGGAACUCAGGUAAGGGAGCUACUGAGGAAGAUGGUGGAGAUGGUGGAGAACAAGGGAGGACAUUUUGGGGCAGAUCCUGCCCUCCUGAGAUUGGAGGCAGACGGGAGGAGGAGAGCGAGGGAACGGAGGAAGAGGCAGAGACAGAUGGAGGCCCAGACUCAGAGGGGUACCAUCCGAGCUGUGCUUAUGACUGACGCUGGAUCACAGGGCUCGGAUUGGGAUGGGAAACAAUCAUUCUCCAAGGGUACUCGUCGUCUCCCAGAGCUGAGACUGGUCCUCCUGGGAGAGAGAGAGACGGGGAAGAGCUCGGCUGGGAACACCAUACUGGGUGGAGGUGGAGAAGGAGCAGGGUUCUUCCAGACAGGGAGAGUGACGGAGGAGUGCGCCCGGUGCCAGGCAGAGGUAGCCAUGAGGCUGGUCACCGUAGUGGACACCCCCGGUUGGGAAGGUGGAGUAGCAGGCCCCACCCCAGAGAGGGUAAAGCGGGAGAUGGUGUGGGGUAGCGUGUCCCUGUGUCCCCCGGGACCCCACGCUGUGCUCCUCACCCUGAGGGUGGACACCCUGGUCAGUUCCACACCUGUAAGAGAACACCUGGAGCUCCUGGGGGAAGAGGUCUGGAGGCAUGCUGUCCUCCUGUUCACCCAUGGGGACCAGCUGAGGGAGGGGGUGGGCAUUGAGCAGCACAUCCAAAGUGGAGGGAGGGACCUUAAGUGGCUGGUGGAGAAGUGUGGGAGCAGGUACCACGUCAUCAGUAAUGUGAAUGGGCGUGGGGACACCGCUCAGGUGUCUGGCCUGCUGGAGAAGGUAGAGAAGAUGGUGGCCGGGAACAGGUGCGAGGCCUUCUCGUCGCUAGUGCAGGAGGUCAGCGACCUCACCAGACAGAGGAACGAGAAAUUCAACCAGCGUCUCAAAGAGGUUGGUGACAAGAUGCAGCGUCAGGAGAUGGAGCUCAAGAGGAUGAGGGAGAGGGAGGUCAAAAGCAUCCGCUGGUUUUUCGAUCGGAAGAAGAAAGUUAAAUCUCCGGGGAAGUCAGGCAUGGAGAAAGAGGAGGAUGGAGGGGAGGAGGAGGAGGAGAAAAGGAGUGAUGGGAGGAAGAACGAAAUGGGCGAACUAGAGGAGAGGAUUCGGUGGCUGACGGAGGAUAAGGAGAGAGAGAUUCAGGAUCUGGGCGCGGAAAACUACAGAUUCAUCGCUGCGCUCAACCAGAGAAGCAGGGAGCGAGAGGAGAUAGUCAUCAAGCUAGAGGAGAGAGAGAGAGAGAUUGACGAACUGAAAGAGCGAGUUGACGAGCAGCAAGUGAAACUGCUCGACCUUGAGCGUGUCAUCGGGGAGAAAGAACGAGAUAAAAAAGAGAGGGAGGAAGAGUUUAGAGGGAAGCAUCGGGAAUGGAGGAGGGAAGCAGAGGAUUUGAAAGACAGGAUAGCCCUGGAAGAAAAAGAAAAAGAGGAAUGGAUAGGAAGAGGAAAAACGUCACAGAACGAGAUGUAUGAGUCAAAACAGUUGUAUGAGGAGAGACGUUUACAGUAUGAGGAAGAGAUGCAGAGAAAACUGCAUGAAAAAGAGGAAGAGAUGGAGAGAAAACUGAAUGAAAAAGAGGAAGAGAUGCAGAGAAAACUGCAUGAAAAAGAGGAAGAGAUGGAGAGAAAACUGAAUGAAAAAGAGGAAGAGAUGGAGAGAAAACUGAAUGAAAAAGAGGAAGAGAUGGAGAGAAAACUGCAUGAAAAAGAGGAAGAGAUGGAGAGAAAACUGCAUGAAAAAGAGGAAGAGAUGCAGAGAAAACUGAAUGAAAAAGAGGAAGAGAUGCAGAGAAAACUGAAUGAAAAAGCGGAAGAGAUGGAAGGAGAGAGACUGCUAUCUGAGACGAGGGAAACAGAAAGGAGGGAUGAGCAAAGAAAGAGAGAUGAAAGGGAAAAGCAAGAGAUGAGCAAGCUGAAAGAGAUCAUUGAAAAUAAAAAUAAAGAAAUAACUGAUGCACAGCAAUUGGUUACAGACAAAGAAAAAGAGAUUGUGGAAGUGAGGGCGAGAUCCGUUGACAAUGUAAAAGAAAUUGAGCGGCUGAAAGAAAACAACGAACAGAAGGAGUCUGAGGUGGUGGCAAUGCAACGGCAACACACAGAGGACAAAAGUAGGAGAGAUGCCGAGGCAAUGGACAAGUUGCGAGGGAAAGAAGUGGAGCUCAACAACUUAAUACAAAAGGACGGGGAAAAUAAGAGAGAACUCGUCCGUUUAAGGCAGACCAUUAAACAAACAAAAACAGAACUGGAAAACUUAACUGCCACGACGGAGAAGGAAAGGAUGAACAUGAUACAGGAAUAUGAAAAGGAAAUCGAGACGAAGGAAGAGGAGAUGAGGUUGAUGUUAGAAGACCACGAAAGUGCUGUCCGCCAACUGCAGAAAAAGGAGGCAGAAAGUAGAAGGAACAUUUCAGGCGUGACAGAAUGCUUAAGGGACAGCCAGGGGAAGGUUGAGGUACUGCAGGAGCUGAACGUGAAAUUGAAGAAAGAGAUGGACAACCUCAGGAAGAAGUGUCAGGAGUAUGAGGAGGACCAGGGGGUUCAGAGGACCGAGAGGGAGAGCAGGGAGGCUGACAUCAGAGAGCUGCUCUGUGGAUAUGAAGAGCAGUUAAAACACAAAGACAGGGAAAUCCACCAUGUUAUGGAAGAGCGGAACCUGGAGGUUGCUGCGUUGAAACAGACAAACGACCAGAGACAGAAGGAGCUGGAGAAUAUUAAAGAAGGGGAGGAGGUGAGAGAGAAACAGGUGGAGGAGAUAAGAGGGUGCUAUGAGAAGAAUCUGAGAGAAAGGCAGAAUGAGCUGAAACAGACGGCUGAGGAAAAGGAGCAAGAGCUGGAGAAACGGGGGAGAGUGUAUGAUGAGAAGGAACGAGAACAGGCAAGAAGUAAAGAAGUGCUGGAUAACAGAGGACGUGAACUUGAGACAAAAGAUGCAGAGCUAGUGAAAAGAGAAGAAGUGCUAGUGAAAGGAGAGGAAGGGCUAAUGAAAAGAGGGAAAGAGCUAGUGAAAGGAAAGGAAGAGCUAGUAAAAGGAGAAGAAGCGCUAGUGAAAGGAGAGGAAAAGCUAGUGAAAGGAGAGGAAGAGCUAGUGAAAAGAGAGGAAGUGCUAGUGAAAAGAGAGGAAGUGCUAGUGAAAAGAGAGGAAGUGCUAGUGAUAAGAGAGGAAGUGUUAAUGAAAAGAGAGGAAGUGCUAGUAAAAGGAGAGGAAGAGCUAGUGAAAAGAGAGGAAGUGCUACUGAAAAGAGAGGAAGUGUUAAUGAAACGAGAGGAAGUGCUAGUAAAAGGAGAGGAAGAGCUAGUGAAAAGAGAGGAAGUGCUAGUGAAAAGAGAGGAAGUGUUAAUGAAAAGAGAGGAAGUGCUAGUAAUAGGAGAGGAAGAGCAAGUGAAAAGAGAGGAAGUGCUACUGAAAAGAGAGGAAGUGCUAGUUAAAAGAGAGGAAGUGCUAGUGAAAAGAGAGGCAGUGCUAGUGAAAGGAGAGGAAAAUCUAGCACAAGGAGAGGAAGAGCUAUUCAAAAGAGAAGAAGAAUUAGUGAAAGGAGAGGAAGAGCUAAUGAAAGGAGAGGAAGAGCUACUGAAAAGACAGGAAGGGCUAGUGAAAGGAGAGGAAGAACGAGUGAAAAGAGAGGAAGAGCUAGUCAAACGAGAGGAAGUGCUAGUGAAAGGAGAGGAAAAGCUAGUGAAGAGAGAGGAAAAUCUAGCGAAAGGAGAGGAAGAGCUCUUCAAAAGAGAAGAAGAAUUAGUGAAAGUUGAGGAAGAGCUAAUGAAAAGAGAGGAAGAGCUAGUGAAAGGAAAGGAUGAGCUAUUUGAAAGAGAAGAAUUAGUGAAAGGAGAGGAAGAGCUAUUCAAAAGAGAAGAAGAAUUAGUGAAAGUUGAGGAAGAGCUAAUGAAAAGACAGGAAGAUCUAGUGAAAAGAGAGGAAAAUCUAGUGAAAGGAGAAGAAGAGCUAUUGAAAAGAGAGGAAGAGCUAUUCAAAAGAGAAGAGGAAUUAGUGAAAGGAGAGGAAAAGCUAGUGAAAAGAAAGGAAGAGCUAGUGAAAGGAAAGGAAGAGCUAGUAAAAGGAGAAGAAGGGCUAGUGAAAAGACAGGAAGAGCAAGUGAAACGAGAGGAAAAGCUAGUGAAAAGAGAGGAAGAGCUAUUCAAAAGAGAGGAAGUGCAAGUUAUAGAAGAGGAAAAGCUAGUGAAAAGACAGGAACAGCUAGUGAAAGGAGAGGAAAAGCUAGUGAAUAGAGAGAAAAUGCUAGUGAAAGGAGAGGAAGAACUUGAGAAAAGAGAGGGAGAGCUAGUGAAAGGAGAGGAAGAGCUAGUGAAAAAAGAGGAAGAACAUGAGAAUAGAGAGGGAGAGCUAGUGAAAAGAGAGGAAGAGCUAGUGAAAAGAGAGGAAGAGCUUGUGAAAGUAGAGGAAGAGCUUGUGAAAAGAAAGGAAGAGCUAGUGAAAAGAGACGAAGAGUUGGAAGGUAGAAGACGAGAAGUAAAGAACUGGGAGGAAGAUCUAGAAACAAGACAGAAAGGACAAGAAAAACAGAAACAGGAGUUGUGGAGCCGAGAAAAAUGCUUGAAAAGAAAGGAAGAAGAGUCUGAAAGCCAAGAACAAAACAUCUGCAGCAAGGAGCAAGAUGUGGAGAAAAUAGAAAAAGAGCUGCAAAACAGAAAGAACCAACUUGAUAGUAGGGAAUAUGAUUUAAAGACUUCGGAAGAAAAUAUUAAGAAAAUAGAGCUGGAUCUAGAAAACCUGCAGCGACAACAGGACAACCGUCAACUAGAGCUGGAUGAAAGGGAAAAUGAACAAGGGAGUGGGAAGAUAGAACAUCAGAACCAGAGAGAGGAUCUGGAAAAAAGAGAGAGAGAACUGAGGGCCAGAGAACAUGAUUUGAGAUGUGGAGAACAAGGGUUGGAAAACCAGGAAGAGGAUAUGAACAACCGACAGCACGACAUGGACAAAAGACAAGAAGAAUUGGAAAAUAUACAACAAGACCUUGAGAAAAGGGAGCUUCACCUGAAGAAUAGAGAGGAAGAAACAAAGAAACACAGACAAGCUCUGGAAAAAAUAGAGAAAGAGGUCAAAGACAGCAAACAAGGACUUGAAAACAGAGAACACCAUUUGAAGAAUGGAGAGCAAGAGUUACUGAACUGGAGAACAGAGUUAGAAAUUCAAGGGAAACAUAUGAGCAACAGGAGCCAAGACAUGGAAAAGCUGGCGGGGGAGGUGGAAAACCAUCAACAAGAGCUAAGGAACAGAGAGGAAGGUUUUGAAGACAAAAUGCAAGAGUUGAGGAAUUGGGAGCAGCGUCUAGAAAGACUUGAAACAGAACUAGAGAGGAGAGAGCAUGAACAGAGGAAUACGAAUAAUGGAUCCAAGGAAAAGGAGCGAGAAGUUAACCAUUUUGAAAAAGAUCUGGAUGGCAGAGAUUAUGACGUGGAGAUCAGAGAGCCCAACGGAUUGAUACCAAGCCAUGAUGCACAUGGAGGAGAUGUCUGUGACAUGACAACAAGAUGUGAUAAUGUGACACUAGAGGCUAUAGAGGAUUCCCAUAUGAUGUACCAGGAAGUAGGAGUGGUGGAGAAAGAAGGACGGGAACUGCAGGGAAAAGAACCAGAGAGGAGUGAAAGCAUCACAGACCGGGAAGAUCAGACGAUGAUGGAAUGUGCCUCGUCUACAAUCUUAAACAAUAACAGUCAGUUUGAAAGAAUGGCAGCGCCAGAAGAGAAAGAGGGGGCGGAAGAAUGUAAAAAGAGGGGUAGAAUGGGUGAAGAGGAGGAUGAGGAGGAUAAUUAUAAGGAAAUUGAAGAUGUAAACGUUAUCUCAGACUUAAAGUUAACUCCAGGUCCAGGCCCCAGUGUAGAAAACACUAAACGCAUCCAAACGUCUGAGCUGAGGCUGGUAUUGUUAGGGGAGACUUGGUCCUCCCGUCACCCAGCAGGGUACACAAUCCUGGGCAGAGAGGCCUCACACCCAGGUGAGUCCAUCUCGAUGCCAUGGCGGGGACAAAUCGCUGGAAGACAGGUCAGUGUGGUAGAACCACUUGGGCUAAAGUGGCGUAACGGACCAGACGGCAACACCUCCGUCACCACAGACCCAACACAGCUCAGGAACAUCUUCCAUAGUGUUUCCCUGUCCCACCCAGGUCCCCACGCUAUCCUCCUGGUCCUACCAGCCUACCUGUCAUUCACACAGAAGUAUCGGAGAGCGGUAGAACACCAUAUGAGUGUGCUCGGGGAAGAUAUUUGGCGUCGCACUAUGGUGCUGUUCACGUGGGGGGAAGCUUUAGGGGAGAGUGCGGAGCAGCACAUAUUGAGGAAUGGGGACCUCCAGUGGCUCGUGGGACAAUGUGGCGGUAGAUACCAUAUUCUGGCCAGCAGGAAGAACAACACUCAAACAGCAGAGCUAAUGGAGAAGAUAGAGGAGAUGGUGGCAGGAAACUAUCAAUGUAAUGGAGACUGAUCUUCAGUUGGGAUGAGUAGAGAUGAAUGGAGAGACAAAGGAUGGACUGGGAUGAUAUGAGAGGGAAAUAAUCCGUUGUUUGAUAUCUUUGCGAAUAGGCCAAUGGCGGGACGUUUAAUGUCAUGUGUAUUUUUUAAAUAUUGUUUUAUAUAAAAUAUCAUUCUUUAAUGAGGAGAUAUGUUACAGUUACCAAAUACAGAGUCAAACUACAGAAGCAAAAUAAAUCACAGAAUCACAAAGGGACUUUUUCAUGUGUUUACAUUUCAGAAACAUCCAAAAUGUUGUGGUCUUUUUUGUUCCAGUUUCGCACGGAUUGACCCAUAAGACUGCAUAUAGGUUAAAAAGUUAGAUUUACAGUAUGUGAGUUCAUAGUUUCUCCACAAGAUAGAGAUCUUGUAUCACUUUCUGUGGACGGCGGAUGGCGUGUUUCACGAUGCUGAUGUUCAACAUGUUGAUAAUAAAUUGUAUUAAAUGAG